GACGCGGGCCAGGCGUGGCAGCGGCGGCAAGAUGGCGUCUACGGCGGCCGGGAAGCAGCGGAUCCCCAAAGUGGCGAAGGUGAAAAACAAGGCGCCCGCCGAGGUGCAGAUCACAGCGGAGCAGCUUCUGCGAGAAGCCAAAGAGCGAGAGCUCGAGCUCCUGCCGCCGCCCCCCCAGCAGAAGAUCACAGAUGUAGAGGAGCUCAAUGACUACAAACUCCGCAAAAGGAAGACUUUUGAAGAUAACAUAAGAAAAAACAGAACUGUUAUCAGUAACUGGAUAAAGUAUGCACAAUGGGAGGAAAGCCUGAAAGAAAUACAAAGAGCUCGCUCCAUUUACGAGCGUGCUCUAGAUGUCGACUACAGAAAUGUCACUCUCUGGCUGAAAUAUGCAGAGAUGGAAAUGAAGAACCGCCAGGUUAAUCAUGCCCGAAACAUUUGGGAUCGAGCCAUUACUACCCUCCCCAGGGUCAACCAGUUCUGGUAUAAGUAUACUUACAUGGAAGAGAUGCUGGGCAAUGUUGCUGGCUCCCGUCAGGUGUUUGAGCGCUGGAUGGAGUGGCAGCCAGAGGAGCAAGCCUGGCAUUCCUAUAUUAACUUCGAGCUGAGAUACAAGGAGGUGGACAGGGCACGUACCAUUUAUGAAAGAUUUGUUAUUGUUCAUCCUGAUGUUAAAAACUGGAUCAAGUACGCCCGCUUUGAGGAGAAGCACAGUUACUUUGCUCACGCGAGGAAGGUGUACGAGAGGGCAGUGGAGUUCUUUGGAGAAGAGCACAUGGAUGAGCAUUUGUACGUGGCUUUUGCAAAGUUUGAGGAGAACCAGAAAGAAUUUGAAAGAGUAAGAGUGAUCUACAAAUAUGCCUUGGAUAGAAUUCCAAAACAGGCAGCACAAAACCUMUUCAAGAAUUAUACCAUCUUUGAGAAGAAGUUUGGUGAUAGAAGGGGAAUUGAGGACAUCAUUGUCAGCAAGAGGAGAUUCCAAUAUGAAGAGGAGGUGAAGGCAAAUCCACAUAAUUAUGAUGCGUGGUUUGACUAUUUGAGGUUAGUUGAAAGUGAUGCAGAUGCUGACACUGUGCGAGAAGUGUAUGAGAGAGCCAUUGCCAACGUUCCCCCCCUUCAAGAGAAGAGACACUGGAAGAGAUACAUCUAUCUUUGGAUUAAUUAUGCAUUAUAUGAAGAGCUGGAGGCAAAGGAUCCGGAACGAACCAGGCAGGUGUAUCAGGCAUGUGUCGAGCUCCUUCCGCACAAGAAGUUCACAUUUGCCAAAAUAUGGCUGCUGUAUGCACAGUUCGAAAUACGACAGAAAAAUCUUCCACUUGCCAGAAGAGCUUUGGGGACAUCCAUAGGUAAAUGUCCAAAAAACAAACUCUUCAAAGGUUAUAUUGAAUUGGAAUUACAACUGCGAGAAUUUGAUCGUUGCCGAAAGCUGUAUGAAAAAUUCUUGGAGUUUGCACCAGAGAACUGCACAUCGUGGAUUAAAUUUGCUGAACUGGAGACCAUUCUGGGGGAUAUUGACAGAGCCCGUGCAAUAUAUGAGCUGGCUAUUGGCCAGCCCCGGCUGGACAUGCCUGAGGUUCUUUGGAAGUCCUAUAUUGAUUUUGAAAUUGAGCAAGAAGAGUAUGAGAACACAAGAAACCUGUACCGCAGGCUACUUCAGCGGACCCAGCACGUUAAGGUGUGGAUCAGUUUUGCCCAGUUUGAGCUUUCUGCAGGAAAGGAGGAGAAUUUGCCAAGAUGCCGGCAAGUUUAUGAAGAGGCCAAUAAGGCAAUGCGGAACUGUGAGGAGAAGGAGGAGAGAGUCAUGCUCCUGGAAUCCUGGAGAAACUUUGAACAGGAGUUUGGAACUGACACCACGAAAGAGAGGAUAAACAAACUUAUGCCUGAGAAAAUAAAGAAGAGAAGAAAACUUCAGGCUGAAGAUGGGUCUGAUGCUGGCUGGGAGGAAUACUAUGAUUACAUUUUCCCCGAAGACACUGCCAACCAGCCCAAUCUCAAACUCCUCGCUAUGGCUAAACUGUGGAAGAAGCAGCAACAGGAGAGCGAAGCUGCRGAGACAGAUCCCGACAAAGAUAUUGAUGAAAGCCAGCCUUAAAACAUUGACUUCUCCUCCUCCUUUUUUGGGGAGGGUAUUGUACAGUAUUUUCACGGAGGAUGAAUAAAUGCAACUGAAGAGUUUUACUACUAUUGAUGUAUUUUGGCUUGAAAAAGAAAUAAUUUUAAAGUGAUUCCAUUUAACAUUGUGUUUUUUAAGCACAGCCAGGGCAAGGCARGUGCAGAAGUUUGCCACUGUUGUCAGUGUUCUGAGAACUGCAAGAAAAGCAGCAGUGCUUGCAGCUUUGUUUCCAAACACAGGUCUGUCUCUCCUAAGGCUCUCAAGAAAGUGUCACAGGAAUGCUCGAUUUAAGGAUAUUAACAUGGCAGGACCCCAGAUCUGCUUUUGUAAUGAGAAAGAUUACUUCAAUCAUUCCUGAUACAUUCUGUAGCACAGAUUUUGAUCACAAGGAUGGUUUUGAUUACAAUAAAACCUACUGCCAACUGUAACCUCUUCAGUUUCCUACUAAAGUAAGUUUUCAUCCCAGAAACUAGUUAGGAAGGACAACRUUAGAAAUUAAAUGCAACUGAAACUAGCCCCUGAAAGACACAGGCAUAGAAAUCAGUAUCACACCGUCUGUCUG